AUGAACGGAUUUGCUGCAGUUCUUGUUUUGCUGGGAGUCUUUUGGACUCAGACUUCUGCUCUGGAGACCUUUGUCCUGCAAGAACCUGGCAAUGACUAUGUCACUGGGACUAUGACUAUCCAGAGUGAGAAGCACAUUGUUGAAGUCCAUGUCCGUUCUGGCGUGUACUCCUCUGAUACCAUUUUUGACUACUGGCAUGGGUAUAUUGCAACAAGGUUAUUUUCACGAAAUGCCUGCUUUAUCAUGAAAAUAAAGAAGGAAUACAUUCCAGAGCUGCAAGAAAUAGGACGCCUGGCUUUUGAGAGAAAGACUAUGAAGACACUAUACUCUCCGAAUAAUGUGUGGGCACAGUUUCAAUCUGGCCAUUCUGUGCUUGGGAGUAUCAAAGACUGGCUUCUCUAUGGUAGACCCAUUGAACAACUCUGCUCAGGUCUGCCUCUCUACCAGCUUGUAGAGACUGAACCACUACGGAAUGUUCAUGACUGUGCCAGCGCAGGAAUUCCAAGCAUUUUGGGCAUUAAAAUCUGUGAAAAAGUCAAUUAGGCUGGAUCUUGA